UCGUAUUCGGAUACUCGUAACACCGCCAGAAAAGACCGUCUUUCUCUUCUCUCACCGGUGAGUGGUGGCAAUGGCGGGAAGGCAAGUCACCGGCGAUGGCUUACCAACGAAUCUCGCUGGAAUGACUAAAAAUCAGCUCUACGACAUCAUGUCUCAGAUGAAGACGCUGAUCGAGCAGAACCAGCAGCAAGCUAGACAAAUCCUCAUUCAGAACCCGCUCCUUACCAAAGCUCUUUUUCAGGCACAGAUAAUGCUUGGAAUGUUGCAGCCACCUCAAGUGAUUCCAAACAUUGAGCAACCACCACCGCAGCAUUCUCAGCAAUCAACACAACUUUCUCAGCAGUCCAACAUUCAGGCAUCUCAGUCAUUGUCAGGUCAAGUGGGUAUUAAGGACCAAGCCGGUGCAUCUCAGAUGCAGACUCCUGCACGGAUGCAACAUCAGAACCAGCCACCCGUGGCUAUCUCUUCUCCUGCCGUUCCUGCUGUACAUAUUCAACCUCAGCCUACACCUAUACAUCCUUUGCAAACACCACAACCUCUUAAAGGACACUUGCAUCCCCAGGUUACUACAACAUCUAUUCCGCAGUCCUCUCAGCUUCCGAAUUUACCUUCUCUUCCUCUCCAUUCUUCUUCACAGCAACCUCCACAUCAUCAAUCCCAAAUGUCUACACCUUCGGGUCAGAUGCAACAAUCUAUGCAGACAGCUGGAAUCCCUCAUUUGCCUUUACACCCGCCAUUGCCACCACAACCAAGACCACAUUCAAUGGGGAAUUUCCAACAUCAGUAUCCUCCGCAUAUGGGAACUAAUGUGGGGUAUCAACAUGCUGGUCCUCCUCAGCAUCAUUCACAGCCCAUGUUUCAUUCAGGGAAUAAGCCUCCAGGUAAUAUUGGGCCAUCAUUUUCACACCCGCAGCAUCCACAUCAAAGUCAGCCACCUCCACAGUUAAUGUAUCAGGGGGGAAAUAUGCCUACAGAAUUCAACAACCAAGGUGGAAACCCGAUGCAAGUGGAUAGAGGAUCUGCAUGGAUGCCUGCUCCACCUGAAAAUUCAGCAUUAACACAGCUUUCUGCACAGCAGUCAGUAAUUCCUGGUCAGAUGGGUCCUGGAAAUCAGCCUCCUCGAGCCCCAUCGCUGACCCCUGAGAUGGAGAAGGCACUGCUUCAACAAGUGAUGAGUCUAACACCAGAGCAAAUUAAUCUCCUGCCGCCCGAGCAAAGAAAUCAAGUGCUCCAGCUGCAGCAGAUACUGCGCCAAUGAAAACAGUGACUUUUUUGGACCUUAAGUUUUUGUGUUCAUGAAGCUGAAAUCUACUGAUUGGUGUUCCUUCCUUGUCAUCCCCAAUGAUUAGUCGGCUGAAGUUGACUUAGAAUUCACGAAAAUAGGUUACUUGAUAUGCUCAAUUCUAUUAGUCUCACCAUAAUCCCCUAAUUUGUGAAGUAAUGUUCAAGUUCUUGUAACUCUGCGACAUAUAUAUAUUCUUUCAUUUUGGUCGUGUGCGUGGGAAAAAAUAAUGCCGUGCUUGAUAUGGUAAAUAUAAGAUUUCAGACUA